GUGUUCUUUUAUGCUUUUUUUUUUCUUUUUGCUGUGGAUACUGUAGGUUCGAAUCUCGUCUCCGGUAGCCACUACAACCUAAAUGUUCCUGCUUGUUUGAGUUACGAAGACGUAUUUUCCGUCCUUUUCUUCUUUGUAAGUAUCUUGACACCACCUGAAGGAAAUACCAGAUAUCCAUUGGCGUUGUAUGACUGGCACUCCAUCGGUUACAACAGCAAGGGUUCCAUUCGAUGUGAUUAAUGAAACAGCCUGCUCGUGUAAUUCAUACACAUGUGUCUGAACACUCCACAGACACAUAUACUCUUAACAUAGUACUCAGGGAGAUUCAGGGUGACACAUACUGUAAUAAAGCUGCUCCUUUGAAUUACAGGUACAACUCAUUCUUAUCUGCUGAGUGGCCUGGAGCAACAUGAAAUUAAGUGUCUUACUCAAGGACACAACACACUGCCAGGAAUUGAACUCGUGACCUUAUGAUUGUGAGCUGAAUAUCCUAACCACUAAGCCACGUACCUUCACAUAAGCAUUAAAGAACAUUUUUUAACUGGAAAUAUUUAAUUGUAAGGUGUUUGUCAUCUUAAAACUGAAGGAAGAGGUUAUACAGAAAAGAUAUAACCCUGUUUAUAUGUGAGAAUUACUGUGAAGCAUUUCCUCUGAGUAUUAAAAAGAUUUCUUAACUUCACUGUCUGGGAUGUGUACCUGUUAUGAUAUGGGUAUACAUGUCUGGUGCAAAAUGGCAUUACGCAAAUAAAUAGUUGGUUGUGGUUAUCUAAAAAUAACCUUUUGCAGAAAAACAUAUGUUAACACAGAAUGCACUCCUUCUGCACUACUUGAAUGUAGGUACGAUACUCAGUAUAGUAUUCCCUGUUCAACUACUGACUGUUGAACCAGCACACAUCGAACUAACAUGGCAAACCAACAUGGUCGAACUAACACUGUCACCUACCCACUCCCUUGGCAGUUCAUUCAGUUCUUAUUUAUUGUAGUCAAUUAGUCCACUUUCAGUCACGUGGAGGUGUUCGGGCUUCACCAAAAGCAGUACCAGAAGAGGAAACACCCUAACUAAACUUACAUCACUAAGGAGUUUGCAGCAUCUUCAGAUAUCGACUACAAAUUCAGUUGAGGGGGAAAUAUGGCAGAACAAAUAUUUGUUAAAGAUGUAAUAUAAAAAACUUAAGGAAGAGAAUUUUCUGAGUAUUUUGGUGAGAGAAAAUAAAAAUAAUGGAAAGUGAAUUGUGUAAGGACAAGGCUAAAUGUGAAUCACAGUCUAAAAGGAUUGAUUUUACAAAUGAGAUGCCAAAUGAUACAGGAACAACGUCGUACCAAUGUGGUAUCUGUAAAAUGUCAUUUUCAGAGAAAAGUAACUAUGUUACUCACAGAUGUAUUCACAAAGGAAAGAAGCAAUAUCACUGUGAUGUCUGUGGUAAAUCAUUCUCUCAGAAAAGUAAAGUAACUGAACACAAACAUAGUCAUAUAGGAGAGAAACUAUAUCGGUGUGAUAUCUGUGGUAAAUCCUUCACUCAGAAUAGUACCUUAACUAGACACAAGCGUGUUCAUACAGGAGAGAAACCAUAUCGCUGUGAUAUCUGUGAUCAAGCAUUCUCACAAUUAACUAAUUUAACUAGACACAAACAUAUUCAUACGGGAGAGAGACAAUUUCAUUGUGAUAUCUGUGGUAAAUCAUUUUUUGAAAGUAGUAAAUUAACAAAGCACAAAUAUAUUCAUACAGGAGAGAUGCCAUAUCAUUGUGACAUUUGUGGUAAAUCAUUCUCUGAAAAUUGUGAAUUAGCAACUCACAAACGUAUUCACACAGGAGAGAAACCAUAUCAGUGUGAUAUCUGUGAUAAAGCAUUCUCACAAAUAGUAAAUUUAACUAUUCACAAACGUAUUCAUACAGGAGAGAAGCCAUAUCAGUGUGAUAUCUGUGGUAAAUCAUUCACUCAAAGUAGUAAAGUAACUGUUCACAAACGUACUCAUACAGGAGAGAUGCCAUAUUUCUGCAAUAUCUGUGGUAAAUCUUUCUCUCAAACUGGUGCUUUAACCAGGCAUAAACGUGUUCAUACAGGGGAGAAACCAUAUCAGUGUGAUAUCUGUGGUAAGGCAUUCUCUGACAAAUGCAGCUUAAAUACACACAACUUCAUUCAUACAGGUGAGAAAUCAUAUCGAUGUAAUACCUGUGGUAAAUCUUUCUCUCAAAAGGAUCUCAUAAUUAAACACAAACUUAUUCAUAUGAAGGAGAAGCCAAGUGACUGUGAUAUCUGUAGUAAAUCAUUCUCUACGAAAGAUUGCUUAAUUAAACAUAAACGUAUUCACACAGGAGAGAAACCAUAUCAGUGCGUUAUCUGUGACAAAGCAUUCUCACAAAUAGUAAAUUUAACUAUUCACAAACGUAUUCAUACAGGAGAGAAACCAUAUCAGUGUGAUAUCUGUGGUAAAUCAUUCACUCAAAACCAUCAUGUAACUGAACACAAACGUACUCAUACAGGAGAAAUGCCAUAUCACUGCAAUAUCUGUGGUAAAUCUUUCUCUCAAAAUGGUACCUUAACCAGACACAAAUGUGUUCAUACAAGGGAGAAACCAUAUGAGCGUGACACGUAGGAAAUCGUUCUCUGACAAAUGCAGCUUAAAUACAAACAAAUUCAUUCAUACAGGUGAGAAACUAUAUCAAUGUAAUACCUGUGGUAAAUCUUUCUCUCAAAAGGAUAUCAUAAUUAAACUCAAACUUAUUCAUAUGAGAGAGAAGCCAAGUGACUGUGAUGUCUGUGAUAAAUCAUUCUCUACGAAAGAUUGCUUAAUUAAACAUAAACAUAUUCACACAAGAUAAGCCAUAUCGCUGUGAUAUCUGUAGUAAAUCAUUCUCUCAAAAUGGCAAAGUUACUAUGCAUGAAUGACAUGUUAAAGGCUCCCAUACCAGUGACAUAUUAAAAGCACCUGGUACUCUGUGGAGUGGUCGGCAUGAGGAAGGGCAUCCUGCUGCAGAAACCAACCAAAACAGACUAUGGAACCUGGUACAGCCCCUGGCCUUACCAGUUCCUGUCAAGCCAUCCAACAUGGAAAAUGGACAUUAAAUGAUGAUGGUGGUCUUAUAGUUGACCCUUGACACGGAGAUGGUUGGUAAUAACUCCUUGUUGAUGAUGCUCCAGAUUUACUGAAUAAACUCAACUUUUCUGACAAUGUCUGACUAUCAAGAAUGUAAUUUAGCAAUCCUUCAGUAUUUUUCUAUAGAAUGUCAGUAUGAGGAGAUGAUGUUAUUCAUCCUCUUUUUCAGCCUAGCCUUUUUAUCUAUGUCAUGUACUCUUUUUUUUUUCUUUUUUGGUACUCAGUACUUAAUUAAAGAGUCACCAGUAGAUUCUUUUGUAUUAAAUAAUUGUGAUAAAAUAUUA